CGCCGCCGACGACGACGUCGAUGACGCUCAGGUCGCCCAUCAGGGCGGCGAUGGCGGCGCCGGCGAACCGCGCGGUAUGCGGCAUCUGCCGGCGCGCGCAGUCGGAGCCGCGGCUGCUGGCCUGCCUGCACAGCUUCUGCACGGACUGCUUGCUCGAGCUGCAGGCGGCGCAGGCCGGCGACGCCUGGAGCGAUCCAGCAGCGGACUCGGUGUUCCUGGGAGGUUCCGGUGAGGACGCGAGCGGGUCGGGCUCUGGGUCGGGGUCCGGGUCCGGGUCCGGGUCCGGGUGCGGGGAGGCGCGCUCGCUGCAGUGCCCCACGUGCGGCUGCGCCCAGCCGCUGCCCGCCGGCGGGGUGCGCGCGCUGCCGCCCGACUUCCCGCUGCAGAGCCGCCUGCGCGCAGCCGCCGCCUCCGCUACGCCCCCGGCCGCCGCCGCGACGCACGACGACGCGGAGCCCGCCGUAGCGCCGCUCUGCGACCUCUGCUCCACCAACGUGCAGGCGAGCAGCCGGUGCGCGGACUGCAUGUCGUGGCUGUGCGCCUUCUGCGCGGAGGCGCACGGCCGCCAGCGGGCCACGUCGGCCCACGCGCUGCUCCCGCUGGGCGAGGCGCGCCGCCCACGCCCCGCCGCCUCUGCCGCUGCCAGCGCCGGCGCGCGCCGCCCCGCGCCGGCCACGUGCGCGCUGCACCCUGGCCAGGAGCUGCGGCUGUUCUGCGCGACGUGCGCGCGGCCCGUGUGCCGCGACUGCGCGCAGGCGCCCGGCGCCGCCCACCGCGGCCACUCGCUCGAGGCGGCCGCGCGCGCCGCCCAGCUCUGCGCCAGGGGGCUGCGAGACGCGCUCGAGCGCGCCAGGCCAGUCGCCGAGCAGGCCGCGCUCGCCCUCGACCGCCUCGGCCACCUCGAGAAGAGGAUACAGACGCGGUGCAGCCAGGUGUCGGACGAGGUGGAGCGCUUCAUCGAGUCGUACUCUGCGGCGCUGGAGGAGCACCGGCGCUCGCUGCAGCGGCAGGUGCAGGAGGCGCGCGCCGCCAAGCUGCAGCUGGUCGAGGCGCACGCCCGCCACCUGCACAGCCGCGCCGACCAGGCCGCCACCGCCGUCGCCUUCACCGAGGACCUCCUCGCAGAGGCCUCCGACGUCGAGCUGCUGACGCUGGUCUCCCCAGUGCUGCGUCGUCUGGAAUGGUGCUGCAACAAUGGGGCUAGUGGCAGCCUCAUGGAACCACGUGUAUCUGACUGCCUGCAGUUCCUUCCGGAGGAGGGCUGUGGCCGAAUCAAAUCACACACCCUCUUUGGCGUCAUAACAACACAGACAGUGUCUCCACAACACUGCACCCUCAACACUGACACUCUGAUGAUUUGUCGACAGCAUAAGAAAGCUGAAGCAGUUCUAACAACAAGAGAUGCUGAUGAACAGCCACUAUGUCAUGGUGGAGAGAAAGUCACUGCAGAACUGCGAUACAAGGAUGCCAGCAACAGGAAGAUUCCUAUCCACGUGGCUGAUCGUCGAGAUGGAACGUACUUGCUAGUGUUUGUACCAGACACUGCAGGGAACCUCAGUCUCUCUGUCUAUGUUCGUGGGAAACCAAUUAAGGGAAGUCCUUUCCUGGUCUGUGUGAGGACACUGCGUCCUCACCAUGGGACAUUUCAUUGCUGCAGCUUUUGUUCCAGUAAUGGGAGCAAAACUGCUACAUGUGGAUGUGGUGGAAAAAUGCCAGGUGGCUACCAGGGUUGCGGCCAUGGCCAUGCUGGACAUCCUGGUCGCCGGCAUUGGUCUUGCUGUGGGAACAUUCUUGAAAAUUCCGAGUGUGGGCGUACAAAUUCUGCUCUGUACCAAUUCACUCUGUGACUGGACAUUACUUACAUUUAUAUGUGGAAUUUACUGGGUGCGAGAUAAACACAAGCACCACUAGAAGCAUGCAUUAAAUGAAAUGACAUGCAGUAACAACUCAGAUAAUUUAUUAUUGGAGGAUAAAAACAAAUAAAUUUUAAAAACAA